AUGAGAUUCCACGUCUCCUUCAGCCUCGCUGCCUUGUUGGCGACCGCUAGCGCCAACGUCAUCAACCCGAGACAAAUCAUCUCGACACCGUCUGGUUCUUCCACCUCCGAUGAUAAGGACGUGACUGUUACCCGGACCACCACCGUCACCCCCGCGGGUAGCACAGUCACAAAGCUGACAACAGCAACCACGACUUCAGUCAGCGUCCUCCUUAUCACGAAGACGGAUGUCUCGACUACAACCGUCACCCAAGCCGGAGGUACGGCUACCAAGAUCGAGACGCACUGGGUAACCGUCACAAGUAACGUCAAGCGAUCCCUUCCCGAGCCAACCUUGGCCCCCGCUGCCCUCCACGCCUUGUUCAGGCGUGCAACUUUCACCUCCGUCAAGACCGUCACUGCCGACGGCAGCGAUCCCGUUACUACAACCGAAACGACGACCACCACUAAAAAGACCUUCACUUCCUCUGAGACUACAAUCACAUCAACGGAAACGUCCACUGAAAAUCCUGGCGCUAGCGCCACGGUCACCAGUGUCACCACAAAGACCACCACUGUAUACAAUAUCCCCACUGAUUCGCCGUCUGACAACAAUGGAUCUGAUAACAACGGAUCUGACAGUGGUGGUCUUACUACCGGAGCCAAGGCCGGUAUUGGCGCUGGUGUUGGAGUUGCUGGUCUUGCUAUCAUUGCCGGACUCCUUUGGUUGUGCUUGCGCCGCAAGAAGGAGCCCAAGGAGGAUCCCUAUGAUAUGACUGGCUCGUCUAUGGUUCCCGUGGGUGGUGCUGGUGCUGGUGCUGGCGCUACUCACGCUGCUAACAACACAUACCUCGCUCCCGCUCGCAACCCCAUCAAGACACAGCCUAGCCCCGAAGGCUACCGCGGAACCGCUAUGGGAGAUGGCCGAGCUGGAUAUGCCAAGCCCGAUGGUUAUGGCCAGGUAUAUGGUUCUGCCGCUAGCCGCACGCCUUCUGCACACACUGCGGCUACGCAUCCUCCUACUCGCGGCGGCGCUGAUUCUCUCCCUGAGCACGCUCAUCCUGCUGACAUGGACAGCCCUGCCGCCUCGGGUUCCUACGCCCCCGUCUCCGCUCUCUCAUCAGCAAAUCCGUCGCCUGCGCCGCCUUUUGUUGGCCACAACCUGCCUCCGACUUCUGCUCCUCACUCUGGUGUGCCCGCCGCCAUCAUCCCCGGUGCUGGUGCUGGUGCCGCUAUGGGCGCCGCUGGAGCAAUCUCAGCUGCAACAGCCCCUACAGCUCGCAUGGCUGAACUCAGCAACGACAACGCCCCUGCCAACAGGUGGCACACCGAUAAUGCGGCAGAGAUUGACAGUCAGCCCGUAAUGAGCCACCAGAGUGGUCCUGUCUACGAGAUGGGCAGCUAA